CUCUGGUACUGGCCCUUGCCCUCCGCCGGCGGAGGCGGCCCGCGGGCUAGGGCCGCGCGAUGUCGCACGGAGCCGGUCUCGUCCGCACCACGUGCAGCAGCGGCAGCGCCCCGGGAGACGGGGUCGGCGCGGGGCCGCUGGGCGCGAGCUCCUCGGUGACGCUGCUGGACCCCAUCUACCCCCGCACCCAGGCGGCGAUGCUGAAGGUGGCGCAGAUGGCCACGCUGCUGAUCGCCUUCAUCUGCGUGAGGAGCUCUCUGUGGACGAGCUACAGCGCCUACAGCUACUUUGAGGUGGUCACCAUUUGCAACUUGAUCAUGAUCCUCGCCUUCUACCUGGCGCACCUCUUCCGCCUGCCCCGCGUGCUCACCUGUAUCAGCUGGCCCCUGUCGGAACUCCUGCACUAUUUAAUCGGUACCCUGCUCCUCCUCAUCGCCUCCAUCGUGGCAGCUUCCAAGAGUUACAGCCAGAACGGACUGGUGGCUGGAGCGAGGUGAAGACUGACCCACUGGCUAACCUGAAUAGAAGUAGCAUGAAGUGGACAAAAAUAGAGCACGGUGGGAGCUAUGUGUAUUUAUCACCCAGAGACGCACAGAUGUGUCUAUGUGAGUGUGAGUCACUCAGUCGUGUCUGACUCUUUGCAACCCCAUGGACUGUAGCCUGCCAGGCUCCUCUGUCCAUGGAAUGAAUUCUCCAGGCAAGAAUACUGGAGUAGGUAGCCAUUCCCUUCUCCAGGGUAUCUUCCCAACCCAGGGAUUGAACCCAGGUCUCCCACACUGCAGGCACAUUCUUUACUGUCUGAGCCACCAGGGAACCCACAUGUGUCUUAGAAGCCACAUAUGGGAAGCCAUAUUUUUUAAAAGAUCUAUAGGUUCCUGUCAUCUGAUUUCUGAUUUAGCUUAUUGUUUAUAGUUUGGAAGCCUGUGGGCUACAACCGAUUUGCCUCACUUUUCAAAUGAGUUUGAGGAGAAGCUGUCUAUGUGAUAGUCACUCACUUCCACAUGGAACUCAAAAUCUCUUGACUUUGGGCUGAGAGCCAGUGAGUGCCUGGGAUUCCACCAAGGGGUGGAGUCUGCAGGGGGCAGAAGGUCAGCAGAGGGGCAGCCAGACCUCUGAGCACUCACACCCCUUGAGCUUAGUCAUUCAGUAGUGGCCGACUCUUUGUGACCCCAUGGACUGUAGCCUGCCAGGCUCCUCUGUCCAUGGGAUUCUCAAGGCAAGAAUACUGGAGUAGGUUGCCAUUUCCUGCUCCAGCGGAUCUUCCUGACCCAGGGAUCGAACCCUCAUCCCCUAAAUUUGUGCCCCUUAAGCCCCUCCCAUUCCCCUUCCCCACCGUGGAGGUUAGUUUCCAAGAAGAAGCAUGUUUCCCACCUGCCGGCUGGCAGAUGAAGCACAGAGGAGAUUCGUGCCCACCGUGUUUCAAGACCACACGGGCAGAGUCCCACUGGGUUUUCUGAUUCAGGUGGCACAUGACAGUACCCGGACUCCCAACAGCCCCCACUUGUCCUCCACCUGUCCUGUGGGAACCAGCAUGGACCUGGAGAAGCCAGAAGAAAUGAAAAGAUACAGUCCCUGCUGUAUGAGAAAGUGAUGCUCUUGCUUAGGAGGCCAGGGCCAUGAAACAAUUAACACACAAGGCCCUGUCGUCCAGAAGCACAUUAUGUAGCCCUGUAAUAAACUGUUCAAUUAUGCAGCGUGAACAGUUGGGGAGCAGGACAGUGUAUAAUGUGCUAAUUGUGCAGAACAGACAAUGAGAGGCCGGGACAGGCUGUAAUAGGCUGAUUAUGUGGUGCAGACAAUUGGUACAAAAGGAACCAGGGAGAUGGACAAGGGGGGAGAGGAGGCUGAUGGGGGCUGGGAGGGCAGCCACGUGUGGGAACCAGCAGGCAGGCAGGAUAGUCCUGCACUUGGGUUGGCUGCUGUGGGCCAUUCCUGCUGGACCUCCGGGAGCCCCUGGCCAUGCACUUUGGGGGGCCUGUGGACACCUGGGCAAGGUGAGCAGAGAGGAACCCUGGGCUCAGACCUCUGGUCUGGCCUGGCUGGCUCCACUGCCCUGGCUUAAAGAGUUGACCUCCCGUUCCUGCUUUCUUGAACUGCAAAAACAUGGCGGGGAAGGUAACAGCUGCGCUCCCAUCUGGCAGAGCUAUGAGGCUAAAGGAGGCCACGCAUGUGAAGGGCUGAUGACGUAAUGCCCCAUCAGCGUUAGCACUUGCUGCUGCAGGUGCUGUUAACCAGAGGUCCCCAACCUCUGAGAUCUAAUGGCUGAUGACCUGAGGUGGAGCUGACGUAGUAGUAAUAGAAAUAAAUGUAAUGUACUUGAAUCAUCCUGAAACCAUCCCUCUUCCCUGGUUCGUGGAAAAAUUGUCUUCUCUGAAGCCCAGCCCUGGUGCCAAAAAAGUUGGGGACCUCUGGGACAAGUCGCGCAAGGCUACAGGCUUCCAAGUUCCAGGCAGACACACCUGAGUCGGUGUCUGCUUCUCACUCCAUCAUUUAAUAUUCCUCCGUGAGGUCCUUUAAAGUGUUAGUGAAGUUGUUAGUCACUUAGUCAUGUCCGCGGAGAAGGCAAUGGCACCCCACUCCAGUACUCUUGCCUGGAAAAUCCCAUGGACGGAGGAGCCUGGUGGGCUGCAGUCCAUGGGGUCGCUAAGAGCCAGACAC